AAUGAGGAUGAUGAUGUGGAUGAUGAUGCGGAUUAUGAUGAGGAUGAUGAUGUGGAUGAUGAUGAUGAUGAGGACGAUGAUGAGGGUGAUGAUGGUGAUGAUGAUAAUGAAGAUGAGGAUGAAGAUGAGUAUGAAGAUGAGGAUGAUGAGGAUGAGGAUGAUGAUAAGGAUGAUGUUGAGGAUGAGGAUGUGGAUGUUGAUGAUGACGAGGAUGAUGAUGAGGAUGAGGAUGCGGAUGAGGAUGAGGAUGACGAUGAUGAUGAGGAUGAGGAUGAUGAUGAGGAUGAUGAUGAGGAUGUAGAUGACGAUGACGAUGAGGAUGAUGAUGAGUAUGAUGAUCGGGAUGAUGGUGAGGAUGAUGAUGAGGAUGACGAUCAGGAUGAUGAUGAGGAUGAUGAUGAGGAUAAUGAUGAUGAUUUUGAGGAUUAUGAUGAGGAUGAUGAUGAGGAUGAUGAUGAGGAUGAUGAUGAGCCUAUGGAUGAGGAUGAUGAUGAGGAUGAUGAUGAGGAUGAUGAUCAGGAUGAUGAUGACGACGAUGAUGAGGAGGACGAUGAUGAGGAAGAUGAUGAGGAUGAUGAUGUGGAUGACGAUGUGGAUGAUGACGAGCUUGAUGAUGAAGAUGGUGAUGAGGGUGAUGAAGAGGAUAAUGAGGAUGAUGAUGACGAUGAUAAUGAGGCUGAUGAUGAGGAUGAGUAUGAGGAUGAGGAUGAGAAGUAUGAUGGUGAUGACGAGGAAUAG